CUUAGCAAUGCCGCUUCUGACGUCCACCAACAUACACAGUGCACGGGCAAGCAAGUUACACAAAACACACGAAGUUCUCAAGACAACAAGAUAUCAUGUGUGUGUGUGAAAAUGGGCUCUGUUAACAAGUACAAAACACAGUUUCUUAGAAAGCUGUGCGUCUUUAUAGUCCUCGUAUUUUUCACAUUUGUAACAGAUGUCUGUCUUGCUGCUCCGACAUCUCCGUCGGGAAACGACACCCCUUUUGACCAACAGUACCUGACACAAAAUCAUCCCUGCCCGAUAAAACAAGGAAACGAUGAUUACCAACACGAAUGUCAACGAAGUAGGCCGACGAAUACACUACUUAAAAAUGUAUUCGGUCUUCCACGUGCAUUUCGAAACCUGGCUGGGAACUUAAUUAAAGGCGCAGCAGACGCGCUUGACAAUAUAAAUCCAUUUAAGGACGUACUUCCACACGAGCAUCCUUCAACCAUUACAACUCAUGUUACGUCAGUUACAACAGAUGGACCAGGAGGUACAGGGGCAGAUUCAUUUCAAGGCGAACCAAUCGCCACUACCUCUCCAAAACCUACAACACCAGUGAAAACGAAUGGGGCCCAAAACUUGUUGGAUUUAGUAUUUGGAAAGAACCUGCAGACGACUGAAAUUACACAGACAAGGGCAACUGUAGCACCGCCAGCAGGAGGUCACGGAAGAGGUGUUCCAGCAAUAGUGUUCAAUAUUAAAAAUAUUUUGCAAAAUACCUUAGAAGUGAUAGGUGCAAUCUUACACUGGACACAACAUUCGGAGCCAGGAUACAUAAUUAGUAAGAUUCAAAGUUCAUUUCAAAGUGUGGAAGCCCUGAUGGAUAUAUACCUACAAAGAAAUUUGGAAGGAGGAAUUGGGGACAUACCAAAACAUGUGGAGGCGAUACUGAAGAACAUUGGAAGCCUAACAAACUCAAUCACACACGAUCCCGGAAACAUGAUACAGAUGAUUAUAACCGGCCAGGCUCUGCUCCAAGACAUCGGUAAACUUGAAGGUGACUUUAUAGAGUCACCGUCAACAACUGCGGCACCUGGCGGAUUAAUUGGGAAUAUUCUUCAAGGCAUCGGGGUACUCGGAAAGAAGGAAGAACCGCUAAGUACUCCUACAAAAAGCAACAACACAAGCCUUCAACAGAGAUAUGGAGAAUUCGGAAAUGUGGUCCAAAGUACGGGAAAACUGGUUUAUGUUUUAGGGAAAAUAGAAGAGGACAUACAAGAUCGUCUCCCUAACAGCACUCUGCUGCAGAUGAUUGGGAAACUAAAGGAUUUGGUGGAGGUGUCUCUUACAAAUAACACAUUAGAUAAUGAAAAUAUUUUAGAUGCCAUUCAGAAAAUAUUCUUUCCAAACAGCACUUUAGCCCAGAUAGUUGGGAACUUCGGCAAAACCCUUAAUAAGAUUUUUCCAAACUCUAACACUGUACAGGUUAUUGGAAACAUCCUGCAGCAAAAGCUGCUUGUAGAUUUAGCUUUAAAUAUUGUUGUAAGAAGUGCAAGUUUUCUCCGUUUCGGAAACAUUAAAGACUUUGUACUUCAGUCCGUUGGAAAUGUAGAAAAUGAAAUAAUAGGGGAUAAUCUGAAUAAAUUAUUAGCAGGAGGUAUUUCAGUCUUGGAAAGAAUGGUAGAAAUCUUUGAAUCAUUCCUGAAAAUUAUCAUACAAUUAUAAAUCAGUUAUAUUUGAACAUCCUAUACGGAGAAAUUUGCAGCAUUCUUCUUUAACAAACUAGGUGAGGCCGAGUCACAACAGGAAUACGACGUUUUUUUCGAAGAUAAUGCAUUGUUACCAUACUCAUAAUAUCAUAUAGAACAGUUCUGAUAAAUAAAAUCAAGUUUAAAACUUAAAACAGAAAAUAUUUGUUUGCGUAGUUAAUCAACCAAACUGGACAAGUUUGUGCACAAUACUCAGAUACGUCCUACACAUUAAUUUCAUUCAAUUUCGCAUCGCAGUUCAUUUUCACCGCUUUUAAAACACGUCAUUUAUUGGCACCACCUGGGUAUAACCUAACCCACAUUUGUUCGACACCGCAACUAAGCGUCCUAAAAUAACACGUCAAGACCAAUUUACUGCUAUCUUAUCACAGUUUGUGCAAAACACUUUAUCAACUGUAGUGACGUAAAACAGAGAAACGUAGAAAUUUGAUAAAUACUUUUGAAAGAACUGCAGAAUGUGUGUUGGUACUUAAGCACUAAUUGGAUGUAUUCGAGCAGAAAAUGUGAUACAACUUCAAAUGAGAGCAUGUAAGUAUAUAAUUGUGGAGUUGAACUAUAUUUGAAACUAUCAAAAACAUUUUUAAAGAAAACAAAAUAACCAACAUUCUGAGGAAGAGAUCAAGUCAGAAGCAAAAUCCUGAUCAAGAAGAAAAUAAUACACAUUAAAUGUCUCGGAUGUUUUAAAUACAUGAAAAAGGACACGGGCAUGAAUAAAAACCACCAACAUUCUUAAACAUUACAGGUCCAAUAAAUAACGUAUUGUCCGACGUCGUGUCGAAAGUUCAUCAAAAUGCUGCAAUGAGCUACAAUACAUUAGAGCAGGGGUUCUCAACCUUUUUUGCUGGCGUACCACUAAUUCUAAGUUAACACAUGAAAAGUACCACUAACCAAGAUAGUGUAAUUGCGUCAUAUUUAUGUUAAUAUUAUCUUUUGAUUUUUUUACGUAGUUCGCGUACCACCAAUGGUACAAGUACCAUAGGUUGAUAAAUGCUGCAUUAGCAUUUAAAAUCCCCUCUGUGGUAGUGGAACCCUGAUAAUUCGACGAACGUCUCACAGUAUGGGUAAUCAGUUCUAUGAAUGCCAUAAAUGUUUGUCCUACCACUUAAUUUCACUGGCUGACAAAUUUAAUGGAAUACAUCCAAUACUACUAAUUUCAAAUGUUGCCUUAUACUCUAGAUUAUUCGGAGUCUUGAUGAACUGUUUAUCCAAAUAAAGUAUUACUUGUUGAUUUGAACCCGUGUGAAAGCAGUCGAGUUUGUACUGCAUUCAGUCGCUGUACUAUCACUGCAUCACCAAUUUAGUGUACAGAUACAGUAUGCAUUUUGAAACACUUCUCGCAACAUUUUUAUUCACAUCGGCAUAUAACGCGUAAUAUUAACAAACUGAUGGACACAACUCACAAACUCCAUCAUACUUAGCCCGAUGUCUUGUGGCUUCUAGUAAUGACUGAUGGGUAAUUUUAGAAAAAAAAUAUUAAAGAUCUGAAAGCGUAAUUUUUCAUUCUAUGGUAAUGAUAGACGAACAAUUUCUCACUUCCUUUCCCAGAACAUUUUAGAUGCCUGGGUAGAAAUGUACUUCAGGAUUUAUUCCAAUGCCUUGCUGGUUGAUGCAAUGACCUUUAAAAAAACAUCUGACCACAUGCAAGAGCCUCACACAGCUCUUACUCUUAAUAUUCAAUGGCAAAAUACAAUUUGAAAGGUUAUGUACACAGAAUGACCGUAAAUUACUCUUUAGCACAUUAAUAAUCUGGAAAAUCCUUCCGAAACUCUAUUAACUAAUACCCACGAAGCAAAACAGUAACAUUAAAAUUAACACCUUCUUCCAGCCUGUCCCAACAGAAAAUAACAUUGUUUUUAGUUAACUACCAUUCAACACAGUCUUGCAGUUUAAUGCAAAGUACAGGUGCCUUCUUUACAUGAUGAACAUUACUUUGCUCUGAUGAUGCUAAAACGUCACAUCUAAAUUUUUUUCAAAUUAAAAAAUUACUGUAAAAAUGUCUUCUUACAUAAUAGGGUAAGCAGCUGAAGGAAACUGAACUAUUUGAAACAUUGCAUGUUUUUACUCACUAAUACUACAGAAUACACAUAUAUCAAAUUUGGUAUACUUUGGUAAGUAAUAAUACAGUCUCAACAUCAUGCAAAAAUAAGACAUUCAGGUUGUCAUUAGCUUCUGAAAAUGGAGCAUACAUGAAUAUUACAGAAAUCUUACAUGCAAUUUGAAGACAUCACCACAAACAUGUUUUAACUCAUCCUGCUUCUCAUGCAGUAUACUUAAAAGUUUAAUCACAUCAGACAAGACUAAAAACACACAACUACAGUUUAUUUGAUAUAGGGUUAUAUGCACUUAUUUUACCCUGACUACUUCCAUGAGACAAUACAAAAAUUCUGUUAUUAAUAAAUGAUACAAAAUGGCUGUUUUGUAUUAGUUAUAAUACCAUUAUAAUAAUUCACUGCUAAAAGUAAAUAUGCAACUUGUUUUUGUCAUAGAUACAUGUACACUUAUUUUGAACACUAAAUUUGUUGAAUAAAUGAAUACAACUGUAACUGGCUCAGCAUUAAAUAAGAUGAAUGGCAACCAUACCAGUAUUACCAGAUUGUUAUGAUCGCAGAUAUUUUUAAAAAUAUGGUUUCCUUCUGGAAGCAUAUGCAGUGCUAAACUUAACUUCUCCAUGCUCUCUUGUUACUAUACCACGAGUCCAGCAAAUUAUCCAUAAAAAUCCCUGUAAAUAAACUUGAUAGAACACUA